UUAUCCACCUAAACCUGCUCCCAGCAAAACAAAACACCAAACACAAAAAUGAAUACUACUUCUACCACUACUCUCCUCCUUACCUUCUCUCUCUUCCUCUUUCUCUCUCUACCCACCCCUUCUCUCUCAGCCGAGCGCUGCAACUCGCACGACAAAAAGGUCCUCCUCGAAAUCAAACAAUCCUUCGACAACCCCUACCUCUUAGCCUCGUGGGUCUCAACCAACGACUGCUGCGAUUGGUACCAGGUGGAAUGCGACCCCACCACCAACCGCAUCAUCUCCCUCACCAUCUUCGCCGGCAACCUCUCCGGCCAAAUCCCGGCCGCCGUCGGCGACCUCCCCUAUCUCCAGACCUUGAUUUUCCGAAAGCUCUCGAAUCUCACCGGUACCAUCCCCUCGGCCAUAGCCAAACUUAGUCACCUGACGAUGGUCCGGCUCAGCUGGACCAACUUAACCGGUCCGGUUCCUACGUUCUUCGCCAAGCUCAAAAACCUAACGUUCCUCGAUUUAUCGUUCAACGACUUGACUGGUUCGAUCCCUCCCGAGCUUGGUCAGUUAACAAACCUCGAUGCCAUUCACUUGGACCGGAACAAGCUGACCGGUGUAAUCCCCGAGUGGAUAUUCACCGGAACUGUCCCCGAUAUAUAUCUCUCGCACAACCAGCUAACCGGACUGAUACCGAAAUCUUUCGGCUACUACAACUACACAACGUUAGAUUUCUCCCGAAACAUGCUAUCGGGCGACCUAUCGUUCAUGUUCGGGUCAAACAAGACGGUUCAGAUCGUUGAUUUUUCGCGGAACAAGUUCGAGUUUAAUCUGAGUAAUGUUGUUUUCCCCGCGAGCUUGACGUCGUUGGAUUUGAAUCACAACAAGAUAUUCGGAAGUCUGCCGGAGGAGCUGACCACGCUGGAUUUCCAGUACGUGAACGUGAGCUACAACCGGCUGUGCGGGAAGAUUCCGGUGGGUGGGAAGUUGCAGAGCUUCGCUGCGACAUCGUAUUUCCACAACCGGUGCUUGUGCGGGGCCCCGUUGCCGGCUUGCUAGUAUACUCGCCGCAGUUUAAGGGAUUCCGUUGUGGCAUAAUGGCUUUAAUUGUUUUGUUUGUUUGUAAAAGUUUAAUACUCCUCCGUUGGAAAGUUGGCUGUGUUUCAAUAUUAUAAAGUAACUUUUGAAUAACAGAUAUAUACAUCUGGUAGCCAAUAAAAUACUCCUAGUAUUCGGCAUUGAAUAAGAAUGCUCCAUUUAUAAU